AUGUCGUCCAUGCGCGCCCUCCUAUCUCCCCAGCUCCGAACCCUUCUCCGGCCGCAAGUCCUUCGUGCUUCGCCGAGAUUCAUGCGAAUCCAGACCGCCGCGUUAUCAUCGGCCAUCUCAGAUGCUAUCAUCCAGGACCACCGCGAGCUGGAAAAGUACUACAAUGAGGUCAUAAACUCUACCGACCAUGACCAUCAGCAACGUUUUGGGAACCAGUUCAUCUGGGAACUCGCGCGCCACUCCAUCAGCGAGGAGCUGGUAGUCUAUCCUGCUUUUGAGAAGUAUAUGGGCCCCAAGGGUCAGGAGAUGGCAGACAGCGAUCGUCAGGAACACUACAAGAUCAAGGAACUUCUCAAAGAAUUCCAGAACAUGAAAUCCACGGAUCCAGACUACGUGCCGAAGCUCAAGGAACUCUGGGCCCCGCUCUGGCAGCACAUCCAGGAGGAGGAGAGGCUUGAUUUGCCGGCUCUUGAACAGUCGCUCAAGGCCCAGGGCGGCCAGAGAAGCCGUAGUGUCGAUUGCCAAUUUAUCAUUUCCAGGGCCUUUACGGACUCCGGUCGCAUCAGAUGA